CGCAUCCCCGCGUGUCCGUCUGUCCUUCCUCCGUCCCCCUCCGCGUCCGUCUGUCCCCCCCCCGAUCCCCGUGUCCGUCUGUCCGUCCCGAUGGCGCCCCCGGCCCGCGGGGCAGCGACGACGCCGUGAGCGGUUCCCAGGAUGAGCUCGUGCAGCUCGCGGGCGCUGACGCUGCUGAGCAGCGUGUUCGGGGCCUGCGGGCUGCUCCUCGUGGGCAUCGCCGUCUCCACGGAUUAUUGGCUCUACAUGGAGGAGGGCGUCGUGUCCCCGCAGAACCAGAGCACCGAGGUGCGCAUGGCGCUGCACGCCGGCCUCUGGCGCGUCUGCUUCUUCGCAGGGCGGGAGAAGGGGCGCUGCGUGGCCUCCGAAUAUUUCCUGGAGCCGGAGCUGAACUUGGUCACGGAAAACACCGAAAACAUCCUCAAGACGGUGCGGACGGCCACGCCCUUCCCCAUGGUCAGCCUCUUCCUCGUCUUCACCGCCUUCGUCAUCAGCAACGUGGGGCACAUCCGGCCCCAGAGGACCCUCCUGGCCUUCGUCUCGGGCAUCUUCUUCAUCCUCUCGGGCCUGUCGCUGGUGGUGGGGUUGGUUCUCUACAUCUCCAGCAUCAACGACGAGGUGAUGAACCGCCCGGGCGGCUCCGAGCAGUACUUCCAGUACCGCUACGGGUGGAGCUUCGCCUUCGCCGCCUCCUCCUUCCUCCUCAAAGAGGGCGCAGGUGUGAUGUCGGUGUACCUGUUCACCAAGCGCUACGCGGAGGAGGAGCUGUGCCGGGCCCCGCCCCACCUGCUGCGGCCCCGCCUCAGCACCUGCUCGGGGCUCUCGGGGCAGUUCCUGCAGCCGCGGGCGUGGCCGCGCGCCCGCAGCCCCUCGGACGCCUCCUCGGACGUGUCCAUCCAGAUGACCCAGAACUACCCGCCGGCCAUCAAGUACCCCCCAGAGACCCCCCCGCACCCGCACCUGUCCACCUCGCCCUGCUAG